CUGAGGCUGUACGGCGGGGGCCGGAGCGGUUUGGGCGGCGCACGACGCGAAGAUGGCGGCGGAGAGACAGGAGGCGCUGAGGGAGUUCGUGGCGGUGACAGGGACGGAGGAGGACCGGGCCCGCUUCUUCCUCGAGUCGGCCGGCUGGGACCUGCAGAUCGCCCUAGCGAGCUUUUAUGAGGAUGGAGGGGAUGAAGACAUUGUGACCAUUUCGCAGGCAACCCCCAGUUCAGUGUCCAGAGGCACAGCCCCCAGCGAUAAUCGGGUAACAUCCUUCAGAGACCUCAUUCAUGACCAAGAUGAGGAGGAGGAGGAGGAGGAAGGCCAAAGAUUUGAACCUCACGGCCCUGACUUAAGGAGCAGGUUUUAUGCCGGGGGCUCAGAGAGAAGUGGACAGCAGAUUGUUGGCCCUCCCAGGAAGAAAAGUCCCAACGAGCUGGUGGAUGAUCUCUUUAAAGGUGCCAAGGAGCACGGAGCCGUAGCUGUGGAGCGAGUGACCAAGAGCCCUGGAGAGACCAGUAAACCAAGAGUGAGCAUAGAGGAUCAUUGUCUCUGGCCACAGGACUCAGGUUCCAGACCAUUUGCAGGAGGUGGUUAUCGCCUUGGGGCAGCACCAGAGGAGGAGUCUGCCUACGUGGCAGGAGAAAGGAGGCGGCAUUCCGGCCAAGAUGUUCAUGUAGUGUUGAAACUCUGGAAGAGUGGAUUCAGCCUGGACAAUGGCGAACUUAGAAGCUACCAAGACCCAUCCAAUGCCCAGUUUCUGGAGUCUAUCCGCAGAGGGGAGGUGCCAGCAGAGCUGCGGAGGUUAGCUCAUGGUGGGCAGGUGAAUUUGGACAUGGAGGACCAUCGGGACGAGGACUUCGUGAAGCCCAAGGGAGCCUUUAAAGCCUUCACUGGCGAGGGUCAGAAACUGGGCAGCACUGCCCCCCAGGUGUUGAAUACCAGUUCUCCAGCCCAACAGGCAGAAAACGAAGCCAAAGCCAGCUCUUCCAUCUCAAUCGACGAGUCACAGCCUACCACAAACAUCCAAAUACGGCUUGCCGAUGGCGGGAGGCUGGUACAGAAAUUUAACCACAGCCACAGGAUCAGUGAUAUCCGACUCUUCAUCGUGGACGCACGGCCGGCCAUGGCUGCCACCAGCUUUGUCCUCAUGACUACCUUCCCGAACAAAGAGCUGGCUGAUGAGAACCAGACCCUUAAGGAAGCCAACCUGCUCAAUGCUGUCAUCGUGCAGCGGUUAACAUAACCACCCAGCCCUGCUGGGCAGCCUCGCCUUUCUCCUAUGUCCCCCACGGCCAGCUGCCCCGUGGGGACUGCCCCUCCCGCCCCUUCCACACACCCAGCAGUCCAGUGCCACGUCUCCUCCGUAGCUCUGGGUUCUUAGAACUCUGUUGGACAUUUGUUUUCUCCUUAGUUAAAUUUCCUCAGUUUUUGUGACGAUCAAUGGACUUUAAAGAAAAAAAUAAAAACAACCAAAAAAAUUGAAGGACUAUCACCAGCAUGUUGUACGGAACCUCUUCCACUGAAGCAGGCUUCGAUUGCUUUAAAAUCAUAUUUAUCUCCAACAUGUGUAGGAAGAGCCUUUCUUCCAUGCUCUCUGCAUAAAAAUCGCUUGUGGUACACAAUACCCAUCCACUAGUGUGUCCACCUGCCACCCUCACAAUGAUUAGUGGAGAAUUUCUCUCUAUAGAGAAGGAAGUGGGGGGACUUACACAAAGAGGCUUUGCAGCCAUUCAUUCCCUCAGGAACAAAUCUCUCCCAGAUAUAUCCAGGCAGCAGCAAAAGUCCCCUGAAGUGUGAAGUCAGACUUAGAUGCACUCAACUUCUGAUGAAAAUAAAUACUUCCCUGUGUUUCUUCGCUCAAAAGCUGGGAAAUUAAGAGCUCCCCAAGCCUUCGCCAGUUGAGAUUCUAACUACACCCGCCUGCCCCAGCCCUUUCGUCCCUCAUCAUCCAGGCUGCUCUCAGCCUAGUGAUUCUCUUCUGCUCUGUCAUUGCUUUAUUCCAUGUACAGAAAUCGGUACCUAGGAGGAAGAUGGGUAUCUUUUCAUUGGGAAACAGCUUGUGCCAAACCAAAUGAGUUAAAGAGUUAGGGUAUCUUCAUGAAAAACAAUCAAAAAAAAUCACUAAGCUAUUCACUAAUGAUGUGCGUGGCAAAUCAAAUGUUGGAAGUGGGGUUCUCUUGCUACCAGCUCUUUUACUGUGCUAGCGUUUGCGAGAGGCCUCUGGCUGAGUAAAUUUUGAGGGUAACAGUGCCUGGCUUUGGUGUACAGGUUCUGCCUCACAGUUGUUCUCUGCCCUGCCCUGUUCGGACUUGAAGCAACUUCAGCAGUAGUCCAGCCUGGUCAAGACCUUCUCUCCCAUAAUUGUUUUCUGUGCAAGUUUGGGAGAGGAGGUUCACUGGGGGCUUGGAAGCCUUUUCGCCUCCCUGUUGCGUGAAACAUAGACUUAUAAUCAACACUGACUCAGAAUCUCCUGGUUUUGAAUCAUAACGUGCCUCAGUCCUCUUUCCAAGCAGUUGUCACCAAUCACUCCGGCUUCACACCCUGCCACAAGCCAAGAAUCAACACUACUUCCACCCAGAGCUGAGGAAGGGCUUGAGUUUCAACCAAGACACAUGCCGAGAAGGGGACAUGGCUCGGUGAUUCCGAUCUCAAACUGCGAGGGCUGCAUCAUCUGCCACAGUGUGUCCAGCAGGUGGAGGCAACUGUGGAAAUUAAAUGCAGGUUUGGAAAAACUGUAAAUUAUUGUUACCUUGACCAUUAAAAUCCAGAAUGAGGACAA